AUGGGGAUGCUUACUCGUUUCGGUGCCAAGGGCCGGUAUGAGGUUAUGACUUAUGAGGAUAUCGAGGAUGGUCCCAGGUUGCAAUUUCUUCCUCCUAGUGAAAUCUCUUUUGGCUGA